AAGGUACCUACGUAAUAAUCGGUAGGUGCCGUCGGGUGGUACCCUGGUAGACCCGCCCCGCUGCCUGUCCACGUCCGAACUUCGGACGGAAUCCGCGAUUAUUGCAUCUUCGCCUUACCUAACUUCCGACUCAGCUAAGGCAGAAUGACAAGCACCUGACACAGGCUUUCUACCCAAGGCCCGGCCCGGCAUCCAAGCUGAUAAAUGCGCAGCUCACCAUCGCUCCUACCGUCAAUGUAAUGAAUUGCCUUCAUCACACAAAGACUCUGGUCGAGUCUUUCAAUGCGCUUGCCGAUGAGGUUCAGUCCUUGAUUGACCGCAAGACCAUUCUAGAGCACAAACUGCGUUUCGCCCACGAGCAAUAUCAAUAUCUUGCCGACAAGUAUGCUCCAGCGGUUCCCGAGAUAUCGGAAACCCUGGCCAAGCUUCAGCUGCCACCGGAUCUGCAUCCCUCAACAGUAGAAGCCACAAACUUCGUCCCUCUCCCGAGACGCGGACAGUCGGACAGCCAACAUCAUAUCGCUCUAUUCAUCAGAGAAGGCAGGAAAGCGGCCCAAAAGCUCGCGAUCUCGGCGGACAUGAGCAAGGGAAGCGGUUCGGACAAGGAGGCUUUAUCGCCCUUCUCGGCGACGGAAACUAUGACCUCACUCUCCACAGUGCUUGAGCAGGAUUUCACCGUCGAGGGUCGCAAGGGUCUCCUGGAAUGCCCGUUCUCAAAGAAGUACGAUGUCGCCGAAGAACCGAACGUCGUCUCCGUCGCCGCCGAUGCAGCAACAGACGAUCCGACCCCUCACCGGUCGACGGAUCCCAUCUGUGCAGCCAUGUACGAAGAGACCAUGUCUGCGCCGGCUCCCUCGGCUGGGCACGGAUCUGCUUCCAAAUGCCCGAUUCGCUUCCUCGAUCAGCAUUCGCCGGAGGAGAUCGCGCAAUAUGUGGAGAAACACAAGCACCAGAUUCCUCGCAGCCAUGAAGUGUGUGUACGACGAUAUCAGAAGACUCAAGAUCAAAUAAGGAAGAUCGAUGCCAAGUACGGCAAUUUCUCGAGCAUGAUCAAAGGCCUCAGCCAACUCCAUCAACCUAUGCUGCCGACCGCGGAGCAAGAGGAUGCAGUGGGCGGCGCUUCCAACGACCGUGUUGAAACUUGGGCGAACGGCGUCAGUGUUAGCGAGGCAGGAGAUCCCGAGAAACCCGAGGACCAGAAACCCGAGAGCUCCAUGGGCGAGGAGCGUGAGAGCCACUUUGACCGGCCCCUGAACGAGGUUAGGGUCGGGGAAUCACCGAGCAGACCCUGGGGCAUCUCCAUCCCCGUCUAUUCCGCGCCGAACCAGCGUGACCACCCCCACCCCCGACGGGAGUCGUCGCCCGCGGCACCCGUCCGCAUGCCGAGCCCCGUGCCGACGCCGCAGGUGGAGGGUACGGCGGCGCGGAAAUGCCCCUUCGAUCACACAAAGUUGGCCUUCGCGUCGCCGUUCCCCAAGGGCGAGGCACCGUUGGCGAGCGCUGCUGCUGCCGAGCCGGAACCGAGGAUCGAGAGACCAUCUACUCCAGUCAAGAACCCGUUCCCUCCAGCCAGUUAUCUGCCACCGCCUACGAUGCCAACCUUUGUAAACCCACCACCACCGGUCCCAGAGACGAAAGAGGACAAACCAGCCAGCACCCCACAGACGGUAUUUAAUAUUACGGGUCCAGUCUUUAUCGGCUAUCCGAUGGAGCAGGCCAUGCAAUUCAUGCAAAACUUCCAGGGAGCCCGUUGAGGCUGGCUUGAUUCAGCGAUCCACGAGGCUGUCAGUGUGAUUAUGGCUUUCGAUGUGCGUUUAGCGGGGAUGAUCUGUCAAGUCGGAACAGACUGGACUGGCCUUGUUGUAGGAAAUAAUGUCUUGGCUUUCAGCGUUGGCGUUUGGUAUUUACAGGCAUCGCGAAUGGCGUCUUGGAACUCUUAAGGAGCAGGAGUAUGCGAUACAAGGCAAAUUACUUAGGUUUCUUUCUAUCAAAUAUAGCGUGAUUUUGAAUGGAAACGGGGAGUUCACCAUGACUCCAAGAACCCAACAACUUCCGAGUUAUAGGCCGUCUAAUUGAU